GGUGAUGGGGCGAGAGUGCAAGCAGGGCUGUGGAUCUCUGGCUAGCCCAUUUGGCUCUGGUAUAGGGAUUUGGAUCUGAUAUCUGAUCGUGCAUCCUGAGUGCUGUGCACGGUCGCCCCGACAGGUGCUGUCCCUAAGAGGAGGCUGCAGGACCCGCCCCUUGGGCCUGCAGGGGUGCUCAGGAGGUUGCUCAGCUUCCCGCGCCUUCAUGGAGACCCCUGCCCAGAAGCCCGAGGAGACAGAUCCGCCUUUCCAGGACCCUGCCUUUGACCUGCAGGACAGCCCAGAGGAUAAACUGGGUCAAGUUCUGCAGGAAGCCGGCCCCAAGGAACUGGUGACUUUCAAGGAUGUGGCCGUGGACUUCACUCAGGAGGAGUGGGGGCAGCUGGACUCUCCGCAGAGGGCCCUGUACUGGGAUGUGAUGUUGGAAAACUACCAGAAUCUUCUCGCCUUGGGGCCUCCAGUGUGCAAGACAGCUGUCAUCUCACAUCUGGAGUGUGGCGAAGAGCCAUGGUGGGUGCCUGUAAGAAUUUCUGGAGGGCUUUGUACAGAGCGGGUGCCAAGGCCCAGGAUGGAGGAAAUGGCCACUCCAAAACAGGGUGCUUGCAAGGAUGAGCCAUCUCCGGAACCUGUGGCUCAGCAGCAUAUGAGACCGUUUUCUCAUAGCUCUCGUCCCCGGGCGCAAUGGUCAUGGGAAGGCCCAGUAGAACCUCUCACCAAAAAGGAAGCUAUGCUGGGGAAGCAGCCGCUGGAAAGCUGUGGGUAUGUCCGCCCAGAGGACAAGUGGCAGAAACCAGAGGUAACAAGGGCAGCAUCUCCUCCCAGGGCCACUGUCUUGGCCCCAAAGAAUCUCCCUGUGCCAGGAGAGCCUCAUGCCGGACGGCACCUGGGGACUUUCCAAGCCACCAAGCAGGCCACAGAACCCCUACGGACGUGCGCAGGGAACAGCCUGUGCAAAUCCAGGGAACUUGGCAAAUCCCUGGCUGGGUUCCAACACCUACCCGAUGCCAGGCCCAGAGAGGAGCAGUUUGCCUGCAGCGAGUGCGGGAAGGCCUUCAGACAGAGUUCAGCGCUGGCAUUGCACCAGCGCUGGCACAGCAGGGAGAAGGCAUACAAGUGUCAGGAGUGCGGCAAAGCCUUCACUUGGAGCACCAACCUCCUGGAGCACCAGCGCAUCCACACGGGCGAGAAGCCCUUCUUCUGCAGCCAGUGCGGCAAGGCCUUCAGCUGCCACUCGUCCCUGAACGUGCACCAGCGCACCCACACGGGCGAGCGGCCCUACAAAUGCACGACCUGCGAGAAGGCCUUCAGCUGCAGCUCGCUGCUCAGCAUGCACCGGCGGGUGCACACAGGGGAGAAGCCCUACCGCUGCGGGGAGUGUGGCAAGGCUUUCAACCAGAGGACACACCUUACCCGCCACCUUCGCAUCCACACGGGCGAGAAGCCCUAUGCCUGCGGGGCCUGCGGCAAGGCCUUCACCUGCCACUCGUCCCUGAGUGUCCACGAGAAGAUCCACAGCGGGGACAAACCUUUCCAAUGCACCGAGUGCCCCAAAGCCUUCAGCAGCCGGGCCCGCCUCACCCUGCACCUGCGUGUGCAUACAGGCGAGAAGCCCUUCACAUGUGAGGCCUGUGGCAAGGCCUUCAGCUGCCACUCUUACCUGCUGGUGCACCAGCGCAUCCACAGUGGCGAGAAGCCCUUCAAGUGCAAUGAGUGUGGCAAGGCCUUCGGCUCCCACUCCUACCUCAUCGUGCACCAGCGUGUACACACGGGGGAGAAGCCCUUCGACUGCAGCAAGUGCUGGAAAGCCUUCAGUUGCCACUCGUCACUCAUCGUGCACCAGCGUGUACACACGGGCGAGAAGCCCUAUAAAUGCGCCGAGUGUGGCAAGGCCUUCAGCCAGAACCACUGUCUGCUCAAGCAUCAGAAAGUGCAUGCUGGGAGGACCCAGGCACUCAAGGGCGAUCCCCAUGCGGAGAAGUUGGGCUGGAGCGGCCUCCUCCAAAAGCAACACCAGGCCACUCAGGGCCAGGAGAAGCCCUUCACCAUCCAGUUCGACAAGCAUUUACUGAGCACUUACUACAUGCCUGGCAGCCUCCUGGGAACGGGGACCCCCGGGGAGAGUGGCAUGGAGCCCAUAAACACGCUGGAUGUGGCAAAGCUCCUCUGUGGAGUGGAGCCGCAGGCCAGCAGGAAUUUCCCCCCAGGAACCAAACCAGGGAAUUAACAGGACUUUUUUGUGCAUUAGCCCUUUGCCCCACACAGGGGCCCCUGCCUACCCCAGACACAGGUCUCAUGCGCUUGGACAACUAUGUCAGCCAGGGCCUGUCCCCUCCUUGGGAAGGAAUUCAUUUCAGGAGAGGGGGAUGCACGCUCUUAGAGGGGAAUCCUGCUCACUCGGUCUCCCUAGUGGGCCUGGGAGCUACUGAGAAGGCGGUAGGAAUGACUGUUUCCUGCACAGAG